CUUCGCUCAGCGCUAUGCCUCAAUUUAUUGAAGUGAUGGAAGCUGGUCCACUGGCAGCACAAUCGGCGGAGCAGGCGAAGGGAAGUGUUGGGAUGGGUCUACUUGAAUUUGCCAUUGAUGACUUCGAUGGGGAUCAGGUCUUCCUGCAAGAUGGCUAUACUGCUGUCAUUGAAGAAGUUGCGAAGGACUUGGUGGCUGCCGAUCUCAUCCAGCUGAGCGCCGAAGUGCAGCAAGUCGACUGGAGUGAGAAGCCAAUUCGAGUCAAGACUAGUCAAGGUACGUAUACGGCCGAUGAGGUGGUAUGUACGCUGCCUCUUGGUGUGCUACAGCACCAUACGCCCGCGCAAUAUUCCGAUUCCACUUCGACACUGUUCCAGCCAGUGCUUCCUACGGAUAAGUCAGAGUCCAUACAACGCCUUGGUUUUGGCACCCUGGACAAGAUCAUGCUGGUUUACCAUAAGCCUUGGUGGACAGAAGAACCAUAUACAUCAAUCUUCAAACAUGCUGUCGUUGACCGGCCACUUGAAAUGGGUACCGAGGAAGACGUGGGCUUGGUGGAACGUGAGCAGACUUCCCUAGACUCUUUCAUGGGAUUUACAGAAGAGCUGCCAGGUAUUGCGAUCAGGGAGGACGGCUCCAACUCGACCGGCCCUCGACUCUUAUCUUUGGUGAAUCUGCAGACUCUCACAGACCAGCCGGCACUUUCAUGCUUCGUCUCUUGCUCGAAUGCAGUGCAAGUUGAGGCCAUGACGGAUGAUCAAGCAGGCGCUCUUGUACAUCGUGCGCUGACGCAGUGGCUGGGUCGAGAGGUUCCGACACCCAGUGCUGUGCAUGUCAGCCGCUGGGCAUCUGAUGAGUACUCCAGAGGCAGCUACAGCCAUAUGAUCAAAGGUUUAUCAGAAACGAGGCAUCGAGAAGCGUUUCAAAAGCCAAUUCGUGGUGCAGAAGGUGCUACGCUGAGGUUCGCUGGUGAACAUACCAGUCGUAACCACUUUGCCACGGUACAUGGUGCGCUCAUCAGCGGAUGGCGAGAAGCAGACGAUAUAUUGAAGCAUUUGGAACCGUCGUAGUUCUGCUCAUCUGAGAGGCGGACAUAUUCAGCAUUCGAUGUCCUGUUGUGCCACCUACGCCGCGGGUUUUUCACCACUCAUCAAUAUCUAAAGUCACACGUUC